AUGCGGCGCCAGAAGAAGGGUGUGCUUGGUACGGCCUCGAAGUACAUCUCUCGGAGCCGGGCCAUCAAGAAGCUCCAGGUGAGCCUCGCGGACUUCCGUCGCCUGUGCAUUCUCAAGGGCAUUUACCCCCGUGAGCCGGAGAACCGGAACAAGCUCACCAAGAACAAGCGUGACUUCAAGACCUUCUACUGGGUGAAGGACAUCCAGUUCCUGGCUCAUGAGCCGCUCAUCAACAAGUUCCGCGAGUACAAGAUCUUCGCGCGGCGCCUGUCGCGCGCCAUGGCCAAGAGCCAGGAUGCCGUGGCCACCAACCUCGAGGAGAACCGCCCGGUCUUCGAGCUGGACCACAUCAUCAAGGAGCGCUAUCCCUCUUUCGUGGAUGCCCUGCGCGACAUCGAUGACGCCCUGUGCAUGGUGUUCCUCUUUGCCAACAUGCCCUCCGACAAGGCCAGCUCUCAGCUGACCUCCGAGUGCGCUCGUCUUGCCUCGGAGUUCAUGCACUUUGUCAUUCGCACCAAUGCCCUCCGCAAGACCUUCCUCUCGAUCAAGGGUAUUUACUACCAGGCCGAGCUCUACGGCCAGCCGGUCACCUGGGUCGUGCCCUACCAGUUCACCCAGAACCCCCCGUCGCAGAUUGACUUCCGCGUCAUGAGGACCUUCCUCGAGCUGCAUGUCACCAUGCUGGGCUUCAUCAACUUCAAGCUCUUCCACGAUGAGGGCCUGCACUACCCGCCGGUGGUGGAUGUCGAGCGUGACAACCUGGCCGCCGGUCUGAGCUCCUACAUGCUGCAGACCCGCGAGGAGCAUGCCGCCUUCACCAAGCUCCAGCAGACCGACGCCGCGUCGGCCGCCCUGACUGAGGCCGAUCUGGCCACCGCCACCGAGCGGGCCAAGUCCCUGUCCGAGGUGCUGGCUGGCCUGACUGACGCCCCGGUUGUCGAGGCGAUGCCCGUCGAGGAUGCCCCGGUGGACUCUGCGACCGGCGCCGCCCCCGGCGCCGAGGGCGACGCCGUCAUCGACAGCGAGCUGCUGGAUGUCUUCCCCGAGAAUGAGGCCGCCGCCGAGGACAACCAUGGCGACAAGAUGUUCACCGACUCCAACGCUUCUUCCUACUCGCAGCUGUUCGCCAAGUGCGUUUUCUUCCUGAGCCGCGAGGUCCCGCGCGAGGCGCUGGAGUUUGUCAUCCGCGCCUGCGGUGGUACGGUCGGCUGGUCGGAUGCCACUUUCGGUGCCAUCUCCGAGGACUCUGAUUCCAUCACCCACCACAUCGUGGAUCGCCCGACCCAGGGCCACGUGUACCUCGACCGCGAGUACAUCCAGCCUCAGUGGGUGUUCGACUCCAUCAAUGCGGCUCGCCUGCUGGAGACCAAGCCCUAUGCCCCGGGCGAGUCGCUGCCGGCUCACCUGUCGCCCUUCCACGAGGUCCUGCCUGGUGGCUACGACCCGGUGGCCGAGCAUCAGCAGCUGGAGGAUGCGGUCAAGGCCUUCCGUGAGGAUGAGCUGGCGGCCGAGGCGCUGGAGGAGGCUUCCGAGCGCCGGCGCAACGUCAAGCGCGACCUGGACCGCUCGGCAGCCGAGGCCGAGGAGGAUGAGGCCGAGGAGGAUGAGGCCGAGUCCGAUGCCGAGGAGGCCGAGGACGACGGUCUGGAGAGCGAGGAUGAUUCCGAGGAGUCGCGCCAUCAGCGCGAGCUGGCGGCCGAGUCGGCUGGUGUUUCCUUCUCGGACUUCGUUGUCCAGGAGGAGGAGCGCAAGGCCCGGCUGGCGGCCAAGCGGUCGAAGAAGAUCCGCGAGUCGGCCAAGUCCGCCCAGUCCAUCGUCAGCGCGAUUGCCGACGAGGCGCGCCGCCAGGCCGCCCGCAAGCGUACUCAGGCCGACAUCGAGGCGGAGGAGCUUCGCCAGCUCAGCAUGAGCGUCAUGGACAAGCGCCCGCGCAACCUUCUGCGUGUUAUCCAGCGUACUCGCGCCCGCCGCGAGGCCGAGGCCGAUCAGCUCCGCGACCGGAAGAAGGCCAUCCUGGCCAACAAGAUCGUUGUCCAGGCCAACGCCGGCAAGAAGGCCGCCGCGGCCACUUCGGCCGAGGAGUCCUCAAAGCGCACCAAGACCAAGUAG